GCCAGCUUCACAGAGGCGACGGGUACCGGUUGGGGUCAAAACGCUGCGGCGGCCGCGUUGACGGCAGGGACGGGACGGCUGCGCUUUCAAUUCCCAUUCCCACUCCAAUGGAUCCCACCCCGAGCGCUUCUCACCGCCGCCGCCUCCUGCUUCUCUCUCCGGCGUCCCCCGCUUCGCCCGCCGUGGUUAAGGCGCUCUUUCAGGAUGAGCUCUCGCCUGUCUCCGAUCUCCGCCUCACCAUGGAGCAGCUGGGGCGCGGGCAGCACGAAAACCUGGACCAAGACAUGGGAACCAAAAAUGGAUUACACAGAUCAGCGUCUUCGGAGUCCACAGACUCAGGUUUGGCUUUGGAUUCUCCCGGCCCUGCGACCUCCCAGGACAGCCUGGAGGACACGUUUGAGAAAGCAAUCAAAUCCAGCAGGCUGAACCUUCGAAUCCCUUUCAGAAGAAUCCAUUCCCUGCCACAAAGCCUGCUGGGCUCCAGCCCUGCUCUGAAGAGAAACCACUCUGACUCUCUGGACACUGAUGCUUUCCAGCCUUUGGAACAGGAUGAAGACAAGGAAAAUGAAUCAUUUGAGUUUAAGAAGCCAACCAAACCAGCUUCUCGUGGCCUCCGUGAUGGAAGGGGUGUUCCUGCAGCAAGGCAGAAUUCAUCUCCAGCUCAGCUGCCCGUGGGGGACACAGCCUCGGGGGAUCAGGAGAGGGGCAGGGCAGCCCUGCUGCAGCAGCACUCCCUGCCCUCCUCGGAGAGCGAGGAUGACGAUGGCUUCCUGGAGCUGCUGGAUGACCAGGACCUGAAGAAUGACGAGGAGAUGCCCUCAGACAUGUCCAGCCUGUGGACGGCGCCGCUGGUCAUGAGGAGAGCGGACACUCGGGCCAAGCGGUGCCGGUUAUUUGGCUCUUCGUCCAUGUCCAGCAUUGCAGGAAGAACCACCCAGAAGAGGAUGGAGAGAUCCCAGGAGGAGAAUUCCCCAGGGAAAAGCAAGAAGAGGAAAAGCCUGCCUGGCACUUCCGAGGACUCCACGAGCCUGAAGAUGGUGAGGACCCAGCCCUCCACAGCAGAGAUCGAGAGCAUUUUGGACAGUGACCAGAGAGACCUGAUCGGGGACUUCUCCAAGAGUUAUUUAUUUGACACUGUCGAUGGGAAACAUCAAGAUUUAAAAUACAUCGACUCAGAAAUGAUGGUGUCUGUGCUGACUGGGAAGUUUGAGAGCUUCAUCAAGCAGUGUGUGAUAAUUGACUGCAGAUACCCCUAUGAGUAUGAAGGGGGGCACAUCAAGGGUGCCAUAAACCUCCACAUGGAGGAGGAGGUGCAGAAUUUCCUGCUGAGGAAGCCGAUCCAGCCGUCGGAGAACAAGCGGGUGAUCGUGGUGUUCCACUGCGAGUUCUCCUCGGAGCGGGGCCCUCGCAUGUGCCGGUUUGUGAGGGAGCAGGACAGGCUGAGCAAUGAGUACCCCAACCUGCACUACCCAGAGCUCUACGUGCUCAAGGGGGGCUACAAGGAUUUCUUCUCGAGGUGCCAGAGCUUCUGCGAGCCCCAGAGCUACCGCCCCAUGCACCACAAGGACUUCAAGGAGGACCUGAAGAGGUUCCGCACCAAGAGCCGGACCUGGGCCGGGGAGAAGAGCAAGAGGGAGAUGUACAGCCGGCUCAAGAAGCUCUGAGGGCAGCAGGGACUGCAAGGACUGCCCAGCCUGGGGCUGCAGGGGGACAGCCACGCGUUCCUGUGCUCCCACUGCCCUGGGCUGCCUCCCUGGGAUCACCUGGACCUUGGCCCAGGGCCGGACGCCGGCUGGGAGCUGCCUUGGGAUUCUUUUGGUUACGUUGCUUGGUGAAAAUGUUGUGGCUUCUUGUGUUGUGUGACACCCCCAGGUCACCCCGAGAGGGUGGGCGCAGCCUCGUGGGGCUGGGCUCGGUGGUGUCAGCACUGCCAGGGAAUUGUAGUGCCUGUUAAUUUUUAAAUGCUUAAUUUUAUUUAAAUACAGUCAAAUGAAGCCAAUACCGCUGCGGUUGGAUCAUCUGGAUUGUACUUAAACCUUGUUUCUGCUGCAGGGUGACCUGCUGGGGGGUGUUGGGGGUCAGUAUUUUUCUCAGCUGCAGUUUUGGUUCUGUGUAUCAUUGUGGGGAAGGAAAAUGGGAAAUAUUCCGUUUGAGAUUCCCACCUGGGCGAGCGCUGCGGGAAGCCCUGGGAGCCCAUCUGAGGGGAAAUUGCUUAUUGUUCAUAAACAUCACGUUCACCUUGUUUCCUUA